AUGUCUCGACUUCUACAGCUGCCAAAAGAGCUGCGUCUACAGAUCUACGAAGAUGUCUUCGACCUCGAGCUUCCGUCAAGCACGGCGAUGAGAGACUUCCUUGAUAAAUUCGUCGAUGGAGGCUCAUUGAAGGCUGGUCCGAUCAUCAUCGGCGGUCCGCCAGCCAGACCAUGGAAUUGUCGACCCGAUCCUUACCACCCAACUCUGCUGCAAGUCUCGAGCAGCAUCAGACGAGAAGCGCUGCCGCUAUUCUACCUAAGCAGAGUGGUCGUGUUACUUUUAAGAUAUCGAGAAGGACGAGUGCAAGUUCAGCAUUGGGUCAACAUGUUUCGCCAGAAUCCAGUUGUUGCCGAACGAGUUGAACACAUCUCGAUUCAAUAUUUCGAGGAUCCGCACAGGUCCACUGCGGUCUUGUUUGAUCGCAAAGACCUGGAGAUCUUGAACAGCUCUUGGUUGCUGCAUCCCUUGACCAACAACUCUUUCAUCCUCUUAGACCAACUUGACAGCAUUAUGGCGACUGCACGGGCUGCCAACGGGAACAAUACCACUGCUAGUGUCGAAGCUGUAAGACAAAUGGUCAAUGUCAUGACGCGGUUCGUGGACCGGUCGACACUACGCUGCCAUAGCAUGGCAAAUCUGCGACUUCAUGGCUAUUCUGAUUUCAGUCAGCGCUUCGAAAUAAUUCGGCUCUUGUACAAUACGCAACUCUUGGCGUAG